AUGGCUGUAAAGCAGGCUGGCGGGUCAUCAGACAGUCCAAUGGAUCUUCCAAUCGCCAUCAUUGGUGCAGGCAUGGGUGGACUGGCAAGUGCAUUGUCACUGGCCAAGAAAGGCUUUAAGGAUAUUCAAGUCUUUGAGAAUGCAUCCGACCUUGGCUUUGUCGGCGCUGGAAUCCAGCUAGCACCGAACCUGGUGCGCAUUCUUACCCGUCUAGACUGCUGGGAGGAGAUUGAGGCGGAAGCAACGGAUGUUCUGGAGACAAGCAUCAGAGAUGGCGCUACCAACCAAGAACUCACACAUGUCCACAUGCCGGACAUUCGCAAAAAGUAUGGCUACCCUCACUGUACUGGACAUCGAGCAUCUCUUGCCGGUGGACUCUACAAGGCGUGCAAGCAAGAAGCCGCCAUCAAGUUCAACUUUGGCCACGUCCUUGAGAGCAUCGACUCUUUCACGCCACAGCCGACCUUCACUGUAAAGCCCCGUGACGGCGAGGCGUAUCAGGUCAAAGUUGCUGUCUUGAUAGCAGCAGACGGAGUCAAGUCUGUUGCGCGUGCCCAACUCCUCAGUCAGACCGGUCUCUCGGCAACUACAGAGGAUACCGGACAGGCCGCCUACCGCGUACUACUUCCCCGGGAUGCGAUGGCAUCAGAUCCCGAGAUGAUGGCAUUACUCGAUAGUAAUCAAGUGACGCGUUGGAUCGGAGAGAAGCGUCACUGGAUCUGCUAUCCAAUCGCAUCACGGACUAUUUACAACAUGUCAUCUAUCCAGCCCGAUGUCAACUUUGCCUCUGCCCCUUCCGCCACAUAUACAACAAAGGGCUCCAAGCAAGCCAUGCUGGACGUGUUUUCCGAUUUCUGCCCCGUCAUUCAACGAAUGUUGAACCUUGUUCCUGAGGGUGAAGUCUGUGAGUGGAAACUACGUGUCCAUAAGCCACUUCCAACCUGGGUCCAUGGUUCUGUGGGCCUGGUAGGUGACGCAUGCCAUCCGACUCUGCCUCACCUCAACCAAGGUGCUGGAAUGGCAAUUGAGGAUGCUGCUACGAUAGCCGAAAUCCUUUCUCGGGCACCAGAUACCACUCCUGAGACUAUCAACAAGUGCCUCAAAGUUUACGAACUUGUUCGAAAGGAACGCACCACGACACUUGUUGACCUAGCUGCACUUUCGGGUCGUACACUGCAUUUGGGCGCUGGUACAGCCAAGGAAGAGCGCGAUCGGCAGUUUGCCGAAGCCAAAACUAAUGGGGGCAAAGUUCCUGAUAAAUGGGCAUCUCCGGAGGUGCAGCAGAUGAUCUACUCUCAUGAUUGCAUGAAGACAGCCGCCAAGAAGUUUGAUGAGCUGUAUCAAAGCCUGAGCUGA